UUCCUUUCUAGGAGGUGUCUAAGCCACAUGAGACCAAAGAAUAUAACCUAUGUCUCAGAAUUCUUCCUCAUGGGCCUCCUAGAGGAUCCAGAAUUGCAGCCUCUCCUCUUUGGCCUCUUCCUGUCCAUGUACCUGGUCACCAUGCUUGGGAAUCUGCUCAUCAUUUUGGCUGUCAUCUCUGACUCCCACCUCCACACCCCCAUGUAUUUCUUCCUCUCCAACCUGUCCUUGGCUGACAUUGGUUACACCUCCACCACUGUCCCCAAGAUGAUUGUGAAUAUCCAGACUCACAGCAGAAUCAUCUCCUAUGGAAGCUGCCUGACUCAGAUGUCAAUUUUUAUUCUUUUUGGAUGCUUGGAUAGUCUACUCCUGACUGUGAUGGCCUAUGACCGGUUUGUGGCCAUCUGUCACCCCCUGCACUACACUGUCAUCAUGAACCCAUGCCUCUGUGGCUUGUUGGUUUUGGUGUCAGUUUUCAUCAGCCUUUUGGUCUCCCAGCUGCAUAGCUUGAUAUUGUUAGAACUUACCUUCUUCGUGGAUGUGGAAAUCCCUCAUUUCUUCUGUGACCCGUCUCAGCUAUUCAGCCUUGCCUGUUUUGAAAUCCCCAGCAGCAACAUACUAAUCUAUUUAAUUGGUGCCAUUUUGGGUGGUUUUCCACUCACAGGGAUUCUCUUCUCUUACACUCACAUUGUUUCCUCUAUUCUGAGAGUCUCAUCAACAGGUGGGAAGUAUAAAGUCUUUUCCACCUGUGGCUCUCACCUGGCAGUUGUGUGUUUAUUUUAUGGAACAGGCCUUGGGGUGUACCUCAGUUCUACUGUUUCACAUUCCCCCAGAAAGGGUGCAGUGGCCUCAGUGAUGUACACUGUGGUCACUCCCAUGCUGAACCCCUUCAUCUACAGCUUGAGGAACAGGGACAUCAAGAAGGCCAUGUGGAGGCUCCUCAGCCUGUGCCAUCUUGUUUUGUGUAGGUAG